AUGAACACCAAAGGCCACCGCAGUCUGACGCACGCUCAGCGAACGAGACACAGGGUCACGAACAUCAAGCCGUAUGCCCACGACCACCACAUUUUGGCGAACCCGGCCGAGCCGACCAGGCCCAGAGAACCAGACAAGGGGAAGCCGCCACGGCCGCGAACACCUUUCCUACCGCCACCGCAUAACGCACGCCCAGGGCACAGAAACAAGGCAACCCCAUCCCCGACCGCACGCCAGCAACCGCGACACCAACGGACGGGGCCGAGACGAGCGACCCCAAGAUCCGGCAAGCCGGACCAGAGGGAAGCCGCAACGGCCCCGAGCGCCAUACGAUGCCGCGAUCCGACGCGCGCCCAAGAACCAGGGGACCAGGUCACGAAACCCCGGCCAUACGCCAGCCGCCACCGCAUCUAG